ACACACAGGGCAUGAUUUACUAAAACUAGAGAGGUCAAAAUCUGGUGCAGCUGUGCAUGGUAGCCAAUCAGCUUCUAACUUCAGUUUGUUCAGUUACCCUAGGUUCACAUCUGUGCGGGUGGUGCCGCUGCGGAUACACACGAAAAUCCAUGCAGCCGCACCACCCACACAGAGAAAUGCGGACCCGCAGGCGGGUGCCAUUAGUUCUAAUGGCACACUGCCCGCACUGGAAAACGCAACCGUACUGGGAACUGAGGACUUCUUCCCUGUGUGUCACAGGCAAAUUAAUGGGCCCUCGUGCCCGUGCCAAACGC